AUGGCAAGCGAACGGCAAUCUUCUGAAGGUGGAACCUCUGCCAGCGAUUUCUCUCACUCUCAACCCGCACUUCCUGAGCAAGAGGGCCGCCUUUUUUCGACACCCUUUUUGUGCCGGGGACUCAAAAUGGAUCUUUUCUCCCCUGCCAUAGGGGACGGAGAUGACCUUCCUUACUUCUGA